AUGGACAGCGCAGCUACCGGUAGCACAGACGCGUGUCUGCCAGAAGCCUUAGGCGUCAAGGAGGCGUUGGCGCAGUGCGAGGAUCCGACAUUGGGUUGGAGUCAGCAGUUCUGGAUUACCAUUGCGGACCCUAAUACUGGACACGUAUUCUUUGCUUGCCCCGCAACAGGGCGGACUAGCUGGACACCACCUCAAGGCGUCUUCAUCGUACCCCGCCAGGCCGACGGAGAAUGGUGGGAGCUCGCAGACGAGAGCCGCGGGAACCGGUCAUACUACUACAACACCCUUACUCGGAGCACCCAGUGGACCCGGCCGGGCGAUAACCAGUUCGUCAUACCCCUCGGUCUCAUCCAGAGCACUGCGACCUUGCCUCACAAUCCUCGUCGGUCUCGCGUCUACUCAACCAACUCGGCGGAUCACCUCCGGCCAAACAACCCCGCCUCGCCUCUCAUACGGAGUAGGGGUCAGUCGGAUCCUCCAGGGUUCACAAGGCAUAAUCAUGGACCGCGCCCACCACCAUCGCCAAGGCGAGACGCUACUAGGACACCCGAUGCCCCUCCAGCGCCGAGAUCGGGAGCGAGAAAUCUAGUCGUUCCUAGCACGACAUCUUCGGUCACUCCGCCGUCACCACCACGAGGCGCUUCCAUCCCGUCACAAGUGCGCCGCACAUCGCACUCCUCCCCUCUGACCCCUCCAUCACCAGAGACGCCGCGCCAACUCCCCCGCAUCCUCUCGGUCGUAGGGGAGGGCGAUGGCGAGGAGGCCUCAGACCGGGAAGCGUAUGCGGACAACGAAGAGAGCGGGAAUGAGGCGGAUCAGUCGGUCUUGUCUGGCGAAUCGGGUCGGACGGCCAGAGUGGAGGCAAGGGGGAUGGGAACGAAGUUCGAGGGGAAGAAGGAGCAAGGGAGGGGGUUCUUGGGGAUGUUAGGGAGGCAAGGGAGGAGUCGGACCCUUGCCUCGCCUAUCAGCUGGCCACAGCACCACCCCAACACCUCGGUCCCGGUGCUUCCUCGAGGCGGCGCCAGCGCUCCCAUUCCCGUCAAUCCACCCACUAUGGCCCGCUCCAAGCGCAUGUCGACCGGUCUCCACCCCCUCCUCCCAUCCGCCGUAUCCGCCGAAAUCCAAAAGCUUCAAGGCAAUGGCGUCGAGUCCGCUUCGGCGUACUUUGCGACCCGCCGUUCCGGCCUUUUGAGGCACAAACUCCCACUCGAUAAGGUGCUCGAAUGGCAGAAACAGCCAAUCUCGGCUCCCCUUCUGAACACCUCAAAAGGGCCGGCGGCGAAGGAGGCGCUCAUGUGCUUCAAGGUCGUACAGCGGACGAUGGGCGAGCGCGAUCGGCCCGUCGAAGGAGCGCGAGCGCCGGUGCGGUCGACGGCGCAAGGCGAAUCAGGUGUGUCCGUAGGAGGCGGGAACGGAGGAGGUCGAGGCGAGAAGAUGGUGGUCUUGGAAGAAAUCAGGUGGAUGAUACAGGCGUGCCUGGCCAAGCCGGAGUUGAAGGAUGAGGGGUAUUGUCAGGUCAUCAAGCAGGUCACUAAGAACCCGAAUCCGGAAUCGAUGGUACUAGGCUUCCAGCUGCUCUCGGUACUCGCCAAUUCGUUCGCUCCGGGUACAGUCUUCCAGCCGUUUGUCAAAUCCUUUCUCGAGGGCCGGCUCGACUCGGAUCAUGAUGGGGUGGCAAAAAUGGCGAGAUAUGUCUUGACGAAAAUGGCGAUCACCUUAUCCCGCCACGGCCGGGGUCGAGCCCUCACCAUCGGCGAGAUCGAGCACGCCUCGGAUGCCGCCUUCUACCCCUCCGUAUACGGCGAAUCACUCACCAAGAUCAUGCGCGACCAGUCGACCUCCCAUCCUGGCGAGAAGAUUCCGGUGAUUCUGCCAUUCUUGGCGAAUGCGAUUCUGCAGCUCCGGGGCUUGCAAGCCGAGGGUAUAUUCAGGAUUCCGGGAGACGGGGAUGUGGUGGCUGAAAUGAGAUCCAGGAUGGACCGGGGUCAUUUCCAGCUCGCCGGGAUGGGCGAUCCGCACGUCGCCGCCUCGCUGUUCAAGCUCUGGCUUCGAGAGCUGGAAGAACCUCUAAUCCCUUCCGAGCUGUACGACGAAGCGCUCUCCGCGGCCGCCUCGACCCGACCCGACCAGGUUAUUGCCUUCGUUCAGCAGCUUCCGGCGCGGAACCGACGAGUUUUACUGUUCGUCAUUGCCUUCUUCCAGAUCUUCUGUAAGGACGAGGUGGUGGCGGUCACCAAGAUGACCCCUCAUAAUCUGGCGCUCGUACUCGCCCCGAAUAUUCUGCGGACGACGAGCGACUCCCUCGUCGUCGUCUUCAACAAUUCGGGGUUUGAGAGCCGGUUUGUCCUUCUCCUUCUGCAACAUCUCGACGUGGCGGGAGUGGAUAAGGGAUACGCGCCGAGAUUAUCACUGCAGAUGAUGGUCUGA